GCGAGGGAGGGUGACAGACCGAUUCAGAGAGAGCGCUGAGGGCAAAAGAGGGAUACAGGUUUUUGAAGAGUCAGAAUUUAAAUUUUCUGAGAAACACAAGACAGAGAGAGGCUAAAGAGAGAGAGAGAGAGAGAGAGAGAGGGUGGGAGAGAGAGAGACACACACACUCACGCUGAGGGGUGUGUCAUAGUAAUUUAGUUCCUCAAGGAAGUGCAACUCAACUCUAUCUUAAGAUAGGGUGGCAGCACUGACAGAAGCGCUGCAGGAGGGCUGUUUUUUGGGGGUGUUUUUUAUUUUGGCUCGGCUCGUGGUGGCGAUGAAGGGAUCUCAUUAACUCAACUGGCCUGUGCUGUCAACCUGAGACAGAGCAGAGGGAGAGAGAGAUAUCUGACACAAACCAGGAGGGAGGGGGAUUCAGCACACACACACACACACACACAGGCAACCAUGGAGACCUUCAGCUCAAAGGACAUGGCCAUGAAGGCGCAGAAGAAGAUCCUCAGCUCGAUGGCCACCAAAAGCUCUGUCCAAAUGUUCAUUGACGACACCAGCAGCGAGAUCCUGGAUGAACUGUACCGCGUCUCCAAAGAGUACUUGGGUAAUAAAUCGGAGGCCCAGAAGGUGAUCAAGAAUCUGAUCAAGAUUGCUGUGAAGAUCGGCGUGCUGUUCAGGAACAACCGCUUUAGCACAGAAGAACUGGGAGUGGCCACGGAUUUUAAGAAGAAACUGCACCAGGGGGCCAUGACAGCUAUCAGCUUCUACGAGGUGGACUUUACCUUUGACAAGGCUGUGAUGGAGGAACUCCUGACCAGCUGCAGGGAUCUGCUGCUGCAGCUGGUCCACAACCACCUCACCCCUAAAUCCCACGGUCGCAUCAACCACGUCUUCAACCAUUACUCCAACCCAGAGCUCCUGACCAAACUGUACGAUCCCAGCGGCCCAUUCCGACCCCACCUUACCAAGAUCUGCAAAGGACUCGACAAACUGGUAGAGGACGGGACAAUAUGACACAGAAGCAAUUAAAAUGUCAGUCAGACACUGGGAGAUCUACAGGCAGACUCACUUGAGACUCAGAACUGUUGGACAAAAUUGUUCUUAAUGCUACCGAGGACUGGCAACACAAGACAAGUGAUUUGAGAACAAAACCGCUGCCCCAUCGUUCUCAAAGAACAUGUGGGAUAAAAAUAACGUUGGUUGAGUCAUUCCUCAAGUUUAUAAUGUUUAGAGGUGAUAUAUAUAUACUGUACAAUUGUGAUAUAUGCUUGUCUAUUCAGACAAGGUUCACAGAAACCAAACUUGAAUAGAAACUGGUUUAUACUAUAUCAGCAGUUUUAUUAGAUUAUGAAAUUUCAGCAAACGUUUUAUAUUUGAGACCUUGAAAUGUAUCAUUCAGAACUACUGAUGUUAUGUAUUCUGUAGAGGAUGAGUUGAAACAGCUGGACAGAUUGCAUAAAGAGAACAGAUAGGGAACAAUGCCACUGUAAUACAGCACUGCCAUCUGGUGGUCGAAAUGAUGCUUCAGCAACUCACUGUACUGCAUUUACUGAGGUGUGUGGAAGACAAUGCAGCCAAUAAUAAAGCAAAUAACCCCCA